AUGGGGGUGUACGAGCUGGGGGAGUUGAAGGACGCGGCACUGGAGGCGCCGGACGAGGCGGUGGUGGAGCUGGCAGACAUCGCGCUGGACUGCCUCAAGAUGCCCGCCUCGCGCCGCCCCAACAUGAAGGACGUCGCCCGCCGCCUCCAGAACCUCCUCUCGCUCUACUGCGGUGACGAGGACCUCUCCUCCCUCUCAGAACCCAGCCUUCGCUUGGCGGGAACUCCACUUUCGGAGCACUGCAAGCCGAUCAGAGCACUCCCAUUCGGCCUGCUCCGCUCUAUCCACCUACUGAAUCCGCGAACGUUCUUAUCACGGCUGGCUAGAGCGAUCUUUCCGGAGCGACGCUGCGAGUUCCGUCUGCCGACCAUGGAGCUCCUUCGGCCGAAGCUGUCGCUGGCGUUCCUCACGGUCGCGCUGCUCGCCUCUGUCACCGGCAUCACCGCGCUCUACGGCCCCUCGUCCGACGUGGCAAACCUCUCGCCUUCCAACUUCAAAUCCGCGGUGAUCGAAUCAGGCGAGGUCGUGUUGGUCGAGUUCUUCGCGCCGUGGUGCGGCCACUGCAAGAACCUCGCGCCGGCAUGGGAGAAGGCCGCGACGGCGCUCAAGGGAAUCGUGACCGUCGCCGCAGUGGACUGCGACGCGAACCCGUCGAUCGCGCAGGAGUAUGGCGUGCAGGGCUUCCCGACCAUCAAGGUGUUCGCGCCGCACCUCAAGACGCCCGCGGACUACCAGGGCCAGCGCGACGCCAAGGCUAUCGUCGAUUUUGCUCUCUCGCAGGUGAAAUCGCUGGUCAGCGCGAGGCUGGGUGGCAAGGUGGGCGGCGGCGGCGGCGGCAGUGGCGGCGGGCGGAAGGCGGAGAGCGGGCCGAGCGCGUCGGUGGUGCUGACGGGCGAUAACUUCGACGACCUGGUGGUGAACAGCAAGGAGCUCUGGCUCGUCGAGUUCUUCGCCCCCUGGUGCGGGCACUGCAAGAACCUCGCGCCCGAGUGGAGCGCAGCGGCGCGCGCGCUCAAGGGGAGGGUGAACCUGGGGCAGGUGGACUGCACAGUCGAGCAGAGCCUCGCGCAGCGGUUCAAGAUCCAGGGCUUCCCCACCAUCCUCGUCUUCGGCGACGACAAGGAGAACCCCAAGCCGUACGAGGGCCCGCGUGUGGCGUCGGGCAUUGAGUCGUACGCUCUGGAGCUGCUGGAGCAGAAUAUGCCGCCUCCUGAAGUGCACGAGAUUACCUCGCAGGACGUGCUGGCGGGAUGCACAGACUCCACCAUCUGCUUUGUCACCUUCCUCCCACACAUCCUUGACAGCGGUGCCAGUGGCCGCAACAAGUACCUAGACACCAUUCUCGCUGUCGCUGACAAGUUCAAGAAGAAUUUCUACAAGUAUGUGUGGGCGGAGGCAGGGGCACAGCCGGCUCUGGAGAAGGCCCUUGGCGUGGGAGGCUAUGGAUACCCGGCUCUCAUUGCCCUUAACGCCAAGAAGCAGCGGUUCAGCCCUUUCAAGAGUGCCUUCGAACAGGAGCACCUGAGUGAGUUUGUGCGCCUGGCAGCCCGCGGUGGUCGAGGCAUAGAGCCCGUGGAGAGCAUUCCAGAGGCGGAGAGCAGGGAGCCAUGGGACGGCAAGGAUGGGCAGGUGGUGGAGGAGGAGGAGUUUAGCCUGGAGGACCUUAUGGGAGAUGACUCGCCUGCUGCUGCUGCUGCUGAUGACGAGCUUUAA